CUUUGAAACCCAAAAUCAAAAAUAGUAAAAUGACUGUUUUAUUGUUCAAAUAUUUUAAUAACCUAUGUUGACUACAAUUUCUUUUUCGACCGACUUAAGUCAUUGUUGAGCUAUUCUCAUUUCGAAAUAUUCUCUAAGUUAAAGGCAUAGAAAAAUGUACCCCAGUGACGCUGAAAAGCAGAAAAAUUUACAAGAGUUUUUGAAGAAGAAGGAGAAUCGGUUGCGGUAUGGAACCACCAGCUACAAGGCAUUCAAUCAGGGUGCAAAUACUCAGCGUCUCUCGCCUCCCUGCGUGGCUACGAACAGUUCCUCCUCAAGGUUAGUUGUCAACGAGAGGCCAAAGACCACACUGUCGACUAAGACGAUGGUGACCGCAAAGAGAGAAUCGGACCUGGUCGACCCAGAUACUGUUCAACCUAAAGAACUAGAAAUUGGACAGGAAAAGACUGAAGAAUUUGACAAUACAGUGGCCAGAUGCAACCUACCGGAAAAAGAUAAUUACCGGGUCGCCCUGGAAACUCUGCGUUCAGAGCUGGGCAAAAUGGUCACAAUGCGUGAGAACGAGCGCCUCUACAGCAUAACAGAGCAGUCAGAAAUGACGCAGUCGCUGGCUUUGGGGAAAAAUGCUCAGACACUGACGGAAACUCAAGCUAAAGACCUUACGCUUUGGGCUAAAGUCUCUCAGUACACCAAAACUGUCAUCAUUUCGGCGGUGCUCGUUGUCGCUAGCGUUGCGCUGGCCACCUUUGACGCUGACACUUGGGAGUGGCUGCUCGACGCCAUAUCCACGGUCGAGUACAUCGACUUCUUCUCAGAGAAUGACUGAUCACGGCGGGAUAGCACAUUUUAGAGAAUAUAUAC